AGCCUGGGACGCUAGGGGCGGGGCCUUGCGGGCGCGGUGGGCGGGACUGACAGGCGGCGCGCGCUAUAAAGUGGGACUCGCGGCCCCGGCGCGCGCUUGCGGAGAGCGCGUGGGACGUGACCUCUGUCUCGGUUCUCUCCGUGGGAAAUCUCUACCACUGCCCCUCCCCCGUGAGGGAUUUUGACAUUUUUGUGCAACAUAGAACACGUAAGGGCUGGAGGAGGAUGGGGUGUAGGGGCGGAUACAAGAUACGGAGUUACCAAGGCGGAAGUGAGUGCACGUGGAGGCCUGGAUUGCUUCGGAGCAGCAGGUGUAUCUUGAAGCCAAGUAACCAUCCACCAUCAUCUCGUGCAGACGGGUAGUUCCUCCAGACAGCCAGGCUUCCCUACAGGUGGUUCCUGCAGACAGCCUGCUUCCCCAGCUCUGCAGCAACAUUGCUUCUAGCCCCUUGCUGUCCUAGCCUUGAGGCUGUAGGGCCAUGGCGGAGAGAGUGCUCGUACCCACCCAGAUAGGUCGGGGGGACCGCUACUACACGUACACGGAGCUGUUGGCUAUCUCACGGCGUUUCAAGCAAAACCCCAAUGAGCUCAUGGUAACCUGGAUCCUGCGGGUGUAUGACCAGGGAGGCCCUGCCCUGUCCCUGAAUUCCGGGGAGCUGGGAUUGCUGGGUGACCUCACGCAUGAUGCCAUCUUUAACUACCGCUGCAAGGCCCUGCGAGGGAGCGGCUGCCAGACACUGCUGAGCUGGCUGCUGCAGGCCUGGCGCCAGCGCUGGGAAUCCUCCCUGCAUUUUGAGGCCACUGAGCUGCCCUUUAGGCCUUGGACCACCAUGGAGGAAGGCAUCCAGCUGGUGCGUGAGCUGGGUAUGAUUGAGUGGAUCUACCUUGACCCAGAGGGGCCUGUGGACUUGGCCCCAGAGGAUGUGGCCUUCACUCAGGGCCUGCAGCGGCGCCUGCUCACUGCAGCACCCUCUGAGCUGCGGCUCUCACUGGUCAGUCUGCUGGUGCGUGGCAUGACAGUGCUAGAAGCUGUGAUGGAGAUCCAGACCAUUGCUGACGUGGGCCUGCUUUGGCGCCAGAGCCAGCCAGGCCGCACCAAGCUCAUGCUGGGGCCCAACCCAACUCGAAAGGACCUCUUAAGCUGGCUGCUCAGCCACGGCGUGCCCCGGGAGCAAGUGGACAGGCAGCCUACCAAGGUACUCCUGGAACUGUACAUCAAAGAAGCCAAGCGCAGUCGUGGCCACCCCAACUAUGGGCUGGCUGAGGAACAGCCCCCACCACCUCCCUACUCCGACCAGGCCUGUGGGGAAGAGCCACCUGUGAGGCACGACUAGACCUGGACUGGCUUCAGGAGCACACUUGUACCCUAGGGUUGAAGGUGGGAAGGUUAAUUUCACAGAGGCAGCUUGCAACCUAGGCCACUAGGAAAGAAAGCCUGGCACACACCUUCCCCACGUCUGUCCCUCCAGCACUUAGUGCCAAGUUCAGUGGUCCCCAAAGAAGGGUGUGCGUGUCCCCAGCCACACAGUCCAUGUGGGAAGUGGCCAUUUGCUGUGAAUCUAGGGUGCUUAUGGCCCUGAAGUUAAACCCCUUGGGUUGGAGCAUAAUGUCAUGCUGAGGUGGGUGGCCACUUCAGGGUCCCCACCCCUCUGCCUCCACAUGAGCCCCAAAGCACUACAUACAGGCCAUCUUGAAUUUUUUACUUUUUCAAUGCAACACUUACAUAAUAUUUUAGGUAGAGGCCACACUUCAUGGACUUUACUGGGUGUUUGACACUUUAGGGCCAGUCUCCCUAUUUUAAAGGCUUAACAUUGUAAACUUUUCUAAUGCAGCAUUUUUACUUUAUAUUUUAUUUUGAGCUUAUGUGACACUUUGGUUUUGGGGAGAGGAGAGCCCCCUUUUGUAAAGACUUUGCUUUGGGGACCCUGUCCCCGUUUUCUUUUAGCCAUGCUUUUCCCUUUUGAAGCACCUUCCAGCUGGGUCUGGUGUCCCUGGCUGCACACGUGGCCCCUGGCCAAUGUAGGUCUGGAUUUAGUGGAGGGGCGAGGUAGGCAGCCCUGGAGCUUCUGCCUUCGUGAGUUCCUAUUAAAUGGCUGGUUCAUGGCCCUC